AUGCCAUUUCAAGUCCCAGAGUUCCUAGGUACCUACCGCUUUUGGGUGGGUGCCUCUCUGGCUGGCUCUGUUCUCCUGGUCAGGUUUGCUCCUCAAUAUUCAAUUUUACAAUCCUACACAUGGACAGCGUCGGUAAUUUUUCUCCUCCACGCGCUUGUCUGGGCGGUCUACGUUAUUUUCAUCUAUCCUCACUACGUCAGCCCUCUGCGCAAUCUUCCAACUGUCAAAGGAGGUAGCAAAAUCUCCGGCCACUGGCGCACAAUGCUCAAAGAACCCUCCGGAGUACCUCAGCGACGCUGGGCACAGGAAAUUCCCAACGAUGGUUUGAUCCGCUACUUGCAUCUCUACAAUCGGGAGCGUCUCCUGGUCACCAGCCCCAAAGGUCUUGCCGAAGUUCUGAACACUAAGAGCUACGAAUUUAUCAAGCCCGAGUUACUUCGCACCGGUAUCGGACGAGUCUUGGGCGUCGGUGUCCUUCUCGCAGAGGGCGAGGAUCACAAAGCUCAGAGGAAGAAUCUCAUGCCAGCAUUUCACUUUCGCCACAUCAAGGAGCUCUACCCAAUUUUCUGGUCCAAAUCUCGAGAGAUGGUACAUGCUAUCCAAAACCAACUCAAAUCUUCGACCGAGUCACAGCCCUCGAUUGAAGUUAGCGAAUGGGGAAGUCGUGCAACAUUAGACAUCAUCGGCUUGGCCGGCAUGGGCCAGGACUUUAGCUCUCUACAAGACCCGACGAACGAACUGAACCGUGUCUAUCGAGCAGUCUUCCAACCUGACCGCACCGCCCAAAUCCUAGGCCUCCUGUCCUUCUUCCUUCCCGCGUGGCUUCUCAACAACCUCCCCAUCGACCGAAAUAGCAAAGUGCAAGCUGCAGCGGACGUUGCCAAAGACACGUGCCGCCAACUGAUCGCACAGAAGAAACAGCGCAUGGCCAACAAAGAACCCAUGCAACCGGACAUCAUUUCUGUGGCGCUCGAGUCUGGCGGGUUUAGUGAUGAAGAGCUGGUCAACAACAUGAUGACGUUCCUUGCCGCCGGCCACGAAACCACAGCUUCGGCGUUCACCUGGGCGAUCUACCAGCUCUGCCAACGACGAGAUAUCCAGGCACGCCUGCGCCAAGAGAUCCAUGCACACAUCUCCAAUCUCGACGCCAAAAAUAUCACCUCCGAAGUCAUUGACGCAAUUCCCUAUCUUCACGCCGUCUGUCAAGAGGUUCUCCGCCUAUGGGCUCCUGUACCGCUCACGUUGCGCGAUGCUGCCUGCAACACCUCCAUUCUGGGCCAAUUCGUCCCCAAGGGCACCAAGAUCAUUCUCGCGCCCUGGGCGAUCAACCACAACACCUCGCUCUGGGGUGACGAUGCCUCCGAGUUCAACCCCGACCGGUGGACCGCGCCGGGCCAAGCGAACGCCGGCGGCGCCGUGAGCAAUUACGCAUUCUUGACGUUUCUGCACGGGCCGCGAAGUUGCAUCGGCGCCAAAUUCGCCCUGGCUGAGUUUGCAUGCCUGCUUGCCGCGUUCGUAGGCAGCUGGGAGUUCGAGAUGGUCGAUCCGGACAAGGAGAUUGAGAUCAAGGGCGGCGUUACCGCGCGUCCGAAGGGUGGCGUGGAGGUAUACUUGAAGCCCGUGGAGGACUGGGCGAGUUGA